AUGAGGAUGACAGAUUCUAUGCGAUAUCGACGCCCUCCUCCUGUGAGGAAGAGGAAGCGGGCGCGAGUGGAAACCCCGGCAGUGGCGGAAAGGAGAGCUGCCGGCGACCUAGGUCCGCCACCCGGAGACGCCGCCGAUAGCAUCAGCCUGAUACCCGACGCCAUCCUUGGCGAGAUCGUCUCCCUGCUCCCCAUCAAGGACGGCGCUCGUACCCAAGUCCUCGCGUCCCGGUGGCGCCACAUCUGGGGCUCGGCCCCACUCAACCUCGACUGCAGCAGUCUCUCUGCGCCUCGCACGUGCGGCCAACCAAUCCAAGACCCUAAUCUUGAUCAGGUUGUGUUGCGCAUCCUCGCCGCCCACCAGGGCCCUGGCCGCCGCCUUUGCGUCCCUGCCGAUUACGACUUUGCGGCCGUGGAAGCCUGGUUCUCAUCCCCUGCCGUAAACAACCUCCAACAGCUCGAGUUCUACUAUGCUCCGUGCCACGAACCACCAGGAGCAGCCAAUAGCUCGUGGCGGGGGCCUGUCGUGCCACCAGCACCGGCAUCCACCUUCCGUUUCGCCGCCACUCUCAGCCUUGCCAACAUUGGAAAAUGCCACCUCCCAGACAACACCGUCCAAGGGCUUCACUUCCCCAACCUUAAGCACCUUGCGCUCCACUGGGUCCGCAUUACUGAGUGCUCGAUUCACAGCUUGAUUGCCAAGUGCCCUGCCCUUGAGUGCUUGCUGAUUUACAGCAUCGUCGGAUUCCGUUGCCUCCGGAUCAAUGCCGUUAGACUUAGAAGCAUCGGGGUGCGCAUGCGUCGUAAUUACAAUUGGUUGAGAGCGCUCCGGUUGAAGGAACUUGUAAUCGAGAAUGCCCCUUGUCUUGAGAGGUUGCUCCGUUUUGAUCCAUUUGAUGGCGUGCAAGUAUCGGUAAUCUCCGCGCCUAAGCUGGAGACCUUAGGCUUGGUUGAUUAUGCUGACGCCUCUUGCCCCAAGAUUAUUAAGAUUGCCUUAUUCUGUAUUACAUGCUUGAUGAAGGGUUUAGGUGCUGAUAGCCUAACGACGGCGCGCCUUGUCAAGAUUUUAGCUGUCCAUAUACCUCUUUUAGAUCUGGAUACAGUUAUUGAGUUGAUGAGGUGCUUUCCGUGUCUGGAGAAGUUGUAUAUUCAGGAUGAGUCAGAUCCAAAGAAUUUCUGGCGUCGUAAGCACAAAAAACUUAUUGGAUGUCUUGAUAUCCAUCUGAAGACAAUAGUAUUUGAAACUUAUCACGGCAUCGUAUCUGAUGUUAAUUUUGCUAGUUUCUUCGUACUGAACGCAAAAGAGUUAGAUCUGAUGACAAUUCAUGUUGAAACAAUUGAUGAGAAGUUUAUUGCACGACAAAAAAAGUUGCUGCAGCUUCAUAAGAAGGCUUCAAGAGGUGCUCGGUUUCACUUCACAACUGAUAGAUGUCUCCGUGAUAUUGGAGAUAUCUCCGAUGUCUGUGAUUUGGAUCUCACUGAUCCCUUUGUACGAUGA